AUGGAUGAAGAGUUGAAUGGUGGCAUGGGUCAAUACUCAAAUAUUGAAUCCGUAUAUUCACUAUGUGAUGAGUUGGAAAGCUUAUGCAGAUCAUCCUCUGAAGAAGAUAGCAGUGACAGUGAAGUGGAUAUGGUUCCAAGAAGGCAUAAAUUUAGGAAUAAUGUCAUAGAACUCGGCAACAAUUUUUUUUCACCUGAAGCAUUUAAAGUGGCCUUAAGGGAUGACGCUAUUAAAAGAAAGUAUGCUAUUAGGUUUGUGAAGAAUGAAGGGAAUAGAGUUACUGCUACAUGUUCAAAAAUUUGUGGGUGGAGAAUUCAUCUAUUAAUUAACUCAGAGGAUGCCAAAUACAUGGACACAAUUAGGGAUGAACCCACAUGGAAACCAUCUGCAAUGAAGAAGGCAGUUUUAAGAUAUUUGGAUGUUAAUGUUUCCAAAUACAAGACCACCAAUCUUGGUAGUAUUGCAGUGACUACUGUUGAUAGACCAACACUUGAUGACCCUGCCAGAUUUGAAGGGCUAUUUGUUUGCUUUGAAGCAAUGAAGAGAGGUUUCUUGGAAGGAUGUAGGCCAUUCAUUGGAUUUGAUGGUUGCUUCUUGAAGGGUCCUUACAAAGGGCAGUUGUUAAGUGUAAUUGGCAAGGAUGGAGACAAUGGAAUAUUUCCUAUAGCCAUAGGUGUGGUUAGGUCUGAAAUAAAACAAUCAUGGGAAUGGUUUUUAAACCAACUAGAAAGUGCUUUGGGUCCUCUAAACAGAUUUACAUUUAUGUCCGACAGGCAAAAGGGUUUAGUUGAAAUCUUUGAAGACAAGUUGCAUAGCACUUACCAAAGAUUUUGUGUGAAGCAUAUGUAUGAGAAUUUUAAGAAGAAGUUUAAGGGUACGAAGUUGAGGGAUGAGAUGUGGAAUGCAACACGUGCUUUGACUAAAGAUACAUUUAAGCAUCACAUGCAUCUCAUAAGUCAGAUUGAUAAGGAAGCCCAUGAAUGA